UGCGAGGCGGCGGGAGGCGAAGGGCAGCCCCGGGAGGCGCGGGUGGCCCCGGAGGGCGACGAGUGGCCCCUGGCGAGGCGGUGGCGAGCCUGGAGACCGGCGGCGGGGGCUCCGCGCCUUGAUCCGGAGAGGAAGAGAACGGCAUCUUUGAGGAGAAUAAAUCCACAUGGAGUGUAUUUCUACCACCUAAGCAAUUUCUGCAUAUUUUUACUGUAUUCUAGACACAUGAUGGAACCGUAACAAAGUCUUUUUUGCUGCAUGAUGAAUCGGAUGACUAUGAUCUGGAAAAAAACAAAAUAAUUGUUUCGUUGCUGGAGGCGAUUUGCUUAGUGUGUGGAACGAUGCCAGAAAGGCUUACAGAGAUGCUUUUGGAUACGUGGACUCCAUUAGUAAUAUUAUGGAUUACUGUAUUCCCAUCUAUGUACAUGGCUCCAAUGAAUCAUUCUCAAGUAGCACCAAGCAGAUCCAGCAGAGGACUCAAUGAGUUAAGCGAAGAACAAAGAGUGUUGAACCGUUCAAAGAGGGGCUGGGUAUGGAAUCAAAUGUUUGUGCUCGAAGAAUUUUCUGGACCAGAACCUAUAUUAGUUGGUCGGCUGCACACAGAUUUGGAUCCUGGACUCAGCAACAUCAAGUACAUUCUGUCAGGCGAUGGAGCUGGGACUAUCUUUGUAAUCAAUGACAAGACAGGGGACAUUCAUGCGAUGAAAAGACUUGACCGAGAAGAAAAAGCCGAGUAUACGCUGACAGCCCAAGCAGUCGAUAGCGAAACAAACAAACCUCUGGAGCCUCCUUCAGAAUUCAUUAUCAAGGUCCAAGACAUCAAUGACAAUCCUCCAGAGUUUGUCGAUGGUCCAUAUCACGCAACAGUUCCAGAAAUGUCUCUUGUGGGAACAUACGUGACUAAAGUAACAGCCACAGAUGCUGAUGACCCAGUUUAUGGAAACAGUGCCAAGCUGGUCUACAGCAUCUUGGAAGGGCAACCUUAUUUCUCGGUUGAGCCCCAUACAGCUAUUAUUAAAACUGCUCUUUCAAACAUGGACCGAGAAGCCAAGGAGGAAUAUACUGUUGUCAUCCAAGCAAAAGAUAUGGGUGGACACAUGGGUGGACUGUCUGGAACAACUACUGUGACAAUUACUCUGACUGAUGUUAAUGACAAUCCUCCCAAGUUUACGCAAAGCUUAUAUCAUUUUUCAGUCUUGGAAGACAUUGCCAUUGGCGAACCAGUAGGAAGGGUUAAAGCAAAUGACCUGGAUAUUGGCGAGAAUGCUAAAUCAUCCUAUGACAUUAUUGAAGGAGAUGGAAUGGAUAUCUUUGAAAUCACCUCAGAUUCCCAGACACAGGAAGGCAUUAUUAGAUUGAGAAAGCCUCUGGACUUUGAGAACAAAAGAUCCUAUACUCUAAAGGUAGAAGCAAGUAAUAUACGUAUUGAUCCACGUUUCAUCAGUAUGGGCCCAUUCAAGGAUACAGCAACCAUAAAAAUCGUAGUAGAGGAUGCUGAUGAACCUCCAAUCUUUUCAUCACCGACGUACCUCCUAGAAGUGCAUGAAAAUGCUGCUAUUAACUCUGUGAUCGGUCAGGUGACUGCUCAUGACCCUGAUGUUUCUUCAAGCUCAAUAAGGUUUUCUAUCGACCGGAACACCGACCUUGAGAGACAGUUCAACAUUAAUACGCAAGAUGGAAGAAUAACAUUGGCAACUCCAUUGGACAGAGAAACCAGCAUGUGGCACAACAUAACCAUUGUCGCAACAGAAGAUAGAAACCCCAGUCAAAUUUCUCGAGUGCCUGUUGCUAUCAAAGUUCUUGAUGUAAAUGACAACGCUCCUGAACUUGCAUCCGGGAACGAAGCAUAUUUGUGUGAAAAUGGAAAAACCGGAAAAAUCAUCCACACCAUGAGAGCCAUUGACAAGGAUGAUCCGAAAAAUGGACACUAUUUUAUUUAUAACCUUCCACCUGAAAUGAUGAACAAUCCCAAUUUUACAAUUGAGAAAAACCAAGAUAAUACUCUCAACAUUUUGACAAAACAUAACGGAUUCAGCCGGCAGAAGCAAGAAGUCUAUUUUCUACCAAUCAUAAUCAGUGAUAGUGGAAAUCCUCCAAUGAGCAGCACCAGCACUCUCACCAUUAAGGUCUGUGGUUGCAGCAGUGAUGGUCUUGCCCAGUCCUGCAACGCUGAAGCUUAUGUCCUUCCCAUUGGUCUCAGCAUGGGCGCAUUAAUUGCUAUACUAGCCUGCAUCAUUUUACUGCUAGUCAUUGUGGUGCUCUUUGUAACUCUGAGAAGACACAAAAACGAACCUCUCAUCAUCAAAGAUGAUGAAGAUGUGAGGGAGAACAUCAUCCGUUAUGAUGAUGAAGGUGGUGGUGAAGAAGAUACAGAAGCAUUUGACAUUGCAACUUUGCAAAACCCAGAUGGAAUUAAUGGAUUUUUGCCCCGCAAGGAUAUCAAACCAGAUCUUCAGUUCAUGCCUAGACAGGGACUGGCACCUGUUCCAAAUGGCGUUGAUGUCGAUGAAUUCAUCAACGUAAGGCUUCAUGAAGCUGACAAUGACCCUACAGCCCCUCCUUAUGACUCCAUUCAGAUUUAUGGGUAUGAGGGGCGAGGCUCAGUAGCUGGUUCUCUCAGUUCCUUAGAGUCUUCGACAUCAGACUUAGACCAGAAUUUUGACUACCUCAGUGAAUGGGGACCCCGUUUUAAAAGACUUGGAGAACUUUACUCAGUUGGCGAAAGUGACAAAGAAACUUGACAGUGGAUUACAAAUUUCUUUUUUUCACCCUUGACUUAAAGGCUCGUGUAAUAUUCUAGGGCCACGGCUGUUAGUUAUGACUAAUGUGGCUUUUUGUUUAGGGGCAACUUUAGUGCCAGUCAUCAAAAAACAAAUCAACUACAUUGUAAUAUCGAACCAAAAAAAUACAUAAAUCAAAAGUAUAUGUUAGGAGGUCUGAGUCUUGUGGAGCGUGAAGUUAAGUACGUAGAGUGUCUAGAAGUCUUUGGAUAUUCUAUAUUCACAUGACCACUCUGAAGAUGGGGUUUUGGUUUAUUGAUUAACUCUGGUGGCGUGAAUGGAUCAGAAAAGGAAAAGAUGCUUCCUUGCAUAAUGGACCUCUCUGGAUUUUUGCUGAGGAAGAAUAUCUUCUGACAGUCAGUAGAGAGUGAAUUGCUUCUUUCUACAUUGCCAACCAAGAAUCCACUACUCCUACUACAAAAAGGAAUGUCAACAAAGCAAUAUUUGGUCUUCUUUGCAAUGCAGAAAUAAUAAUUUUUUUAAAGCAUUGGUAAUGUUCCUCCUGGCCUCAACUGUGUAGUAAUCACAAGUUGUACAUAAGGUUGGCCAAAAAAAAACUGCAGACUGGUUAUCAUCUUUAAGUAUUGUGUCAAGCCUUAAAAUAUUCACAUGUUGUUAAUCCAUUCCAGUGACUGGAUUCAAGCUCCACAGUUGUGCAAAAGUCCAAGAGAUAAGAGGACAUUCUCUACUUUUAAAACAAAAUGGAUUGUUUUCUAGAAUGAUCACUCCUAUCGUCUACUUUGUCUUCUAUAGGGAAAAAAUGUGGGAGAUAUAUGUGAUAUAGGCUGGAUUCACAUAUAAGAAACAUAAGCUGAUUUUAUUGCUAAAGAACAAAUUUAUUUGUUUAAUCCUUGAAAUAAAUAUUUUAUUGAUGUCCAUUACUGCUUUUAUUUAUUAAGAUUGGUUGGUCGAGAGUUUAAGAAAAGGAAACCAUCUAAGUUAUAUCCAUUAAUAAAAUGAUAUAAUUAUUUGUUCUAUGUAUAAGGAAUGUUAAAUGAAUUUUCUUUUAAAAAAUAAUCAGAAACAAAGAGCAGUUGUACUUGCAGAUGAAGCGAAAGCUAGUGGAGUGAAAAGUGAGGAAAAUGAACUUUGGGUAAAUUUAUAUGUUCUUUCAUAAAAUAAAUAAUUAGUGUUUUAACGUAAGCACAAGCAGCUGGAAAUAAACUGGAUCAUGUGAAUAUUUAAAACAAAGAAACCCACAUACCUUGACUUUUGAAAGUCCAUGUAUUACACCAUGGCAUCACGCCUACUUGUAGUUCUCCACCAUAUUAGAUACAGAAAUACUUUAAAUACUUAAAUGAAUAGAAGAGGAUCCAGCGUGUAAAUGUUCUGCUUAUGUUUUAACCUUCUUUUUCUUAAAAUAAUAAUAAUAAUAAAAAAGAAGAAUCAUCAUGCACAGGGAUCUCUCUCACAAAGAGAACAGCACUUUAGAAGCUGUUGGCAUCUUCCGUUUGUAACGCAAACUUACCGUUUAGAAGUAGCAGCUGUAUAAUAAAAUUAAAUAUUACAUGAAAAUCAUUUUUACUUUUUUCUAUUUUAUGUUUUGGUUUGAUGCUAUUGUUUUGUUUAUUUACGCCAUGUAUUACAAAACAAAAACAAGAACUACUGUAUUGUUUCCUACUUUGUGGAAAUAUAUUUUUAUAAAUA